AUGGUCGUUCUUUAUGAUGACAUUCUUUUUCUCGUACUUGACCAUAUUGACGACACAAAAGACCGUCUUCGAAUUUUAUUAGUGUGCCGUCAAUGGUACACGGCACUUCUUCCCAAGGCUUACGAGCGCAUUAGAGUUGAAGGCGAACAAGUCUAUGAUCUAGUUUGUUCAAUUCAACGAAACCCCCUAAUUGGUCCCUCUAUCCAGGAUCUGGAUCUCACAUGGGGCGGGGAUGACGACAGUAUCGAAUACAAUGUUGAACCAUUCAAGCAUAUUCUGGACCAAGCAAGCCCUUCAGCAGAGCAUCGCAAGAAUUGGGAAAAAGACCUGCUUAAAGGAGAAUCCGACGCUUGGCUCGCAGUACUCAUGCCCUCACUGGAAGCGGUCAGAGUCCUAUGGAUUCAAUAUCCGGGCUAUUCGGACUAUUUUUUCCCUAUGCUAGCUCGAGCAGCCGCCCGGGAAGCGCCAUUUGAUACGAACCCCGUUCUGCAGCGACUUAACAGUGUCCGAGCUGAGUGUGAAUACAGCAAAACUGCAUACCUGGCCAAAGAAUUUUUGCCGUUCCUGCAUUUUCCAGCUAUACGAUCAUUCUCCGCAAGUCCGUUUUGUGAAGCAUAUGAUGACCAUGAUGUGAAUUAUUCUAAGCCUGCGCCUGAAACCUCUCGCAUUAGGGAGCUGGAAUUUGGGCAAAGCAAUGGUAGUAACGGAAUGAUCGACUACAUUACAUCAUGUGCCAAUUUGGAGGUCUUUGAUUACCAACACGACAAUCAGGCUAUCUGGGGUGAGAUAUAUCUCAACUUUCGUCCUCUGGCAUUUUACACAGCUCUGUAUACACAGAGACAUAGUCUUCGAGUACUUCGCUUGAACAAUAAUGGAGAAAUCAACGGAGAAGACGAUUGGGCUGCGGAUGAUGAAAUAGACUACACUACUUUCGGGUCUCUAGUCGAAUUCCAGCAGCUGCGUGAACUUCGGAUGCCAUUGCGUACACUCCUGCAAUUUGGUCAGAAUGAUUACCCGGCUGUUUCUCUGCUAGAAGUUCUCCCAUCCAGCUUAGAACAUCUCCAACUUGCUGGGUACUGUGUUGAGGACUUCGACCUGGUGAUGAGAAAUCUCCAAUCUAUGCUAGGGCAACGACAGGAGCGAUUCCCGAACUUCAAAAGACUCGAAAUCCAGCCAGUCGUUAUAGAGCGGGACCACUCUGUCCUGGCUGCUUACGGUGCAUUCAGAAUACCGGAGUCUAUCAAGCAUGCAUUUGCACCGUUGAAAAUGCAAUGUGAGGAUCUGGGAAUCCAGUUUGAUUUUACACAAGACGGACACCAUACGAUAUUAGGCCCUGAUUUAGUGUGGCAGUAG